CCUCUAAAGAUGGUGGGUUGUUCAAGAGCAUACUCACUGCUGGUCAUGGUGUGGAGCAUCCCCUACAUGGUGAUGAAGUCUCUGUGCAUUACACUGGUCGUUUGCUAACGGGCGAAGUGUUUGACUCAAGUGUGGAACGAGGCGAGCUCUUCAAGUUCAAGCUCGGACAAAACCAAGUCAUCAAGGGCUGGGAUGUGGGAGUCGCUACCAUGGUCAAGGGAGAGAAAUGUAUUCUAACCUGCAAGCCCGAUUAUGCGUAUGGUUCGACUGGAUCUCUUCCCAAGAUUCCUCCAGAUGCAACACUGCAAUUCGAAGUGGAGCUAUUUGACUGGUAUGGAGAGGACCUGACGGGAGAUGGGGGUAUAGUUAAAAGCAUUGUAUCCAAGGGUGACGGUUAUUCCAAGCCAACUGAUGGUGCACAAGUUGAAGCUCAUAUUAGAGGAUCGUACAAAGGUCGUGUUAUUGAGGAGAGGGAUAUCAGCUUUGAGUAUGGAGAAGGGUCUGAGAUCAAGUUGUUGUCUGGUGUGGAGAAGGCUAUUGGGAGCAUGCAGACAAACGAAGUGGCUCAGGUAGUCAUUAAGGGCAAGUAUAUCACCGAGAAGUUCUCCAAUCAAGAGAUUAUUCCCGAUGAUGCUGAAAUCAUGUACGAGAUCAGACUCAAUAAAUUCACCAAGCCCAAGGAAUCCUGGGAGUAUGGCAGUGUGGAGGAGAGAGUGACUGACGCCACCGCCCUCAAGGAGAGGGGGACAAAGUACUUCAAGGACUCUAAAUACGACCUGGCCCUCAAGCUCUACACUAGAGGGAUGGCGUUGGUUGAAGACUCAGCGAUACCUAAAGACAAGCUGACAGAGGAGGCUUGCUCUGUACGAGUGAGUCUCCACCUCAACCUUGCCAUUGUUUACCUCAAGCGGAAGGAGGAUACUCUUACAAUCAAGGAGUGUACAGAUGCUCUUGCAGAUGAUGACCAGAAUAUAAAGGCCUACUUCAGAAUGGGUCAGGCCCUCUUUAAUUUGCAAAACUAUGAGGAAGCUGUAGCAUCGUUCCAACAAGUGCUUAAGAUAGAGUCCGGGAACAAGGCGGCUGUGAAGCAGCUGGAGAUGUGCCGUAGCAAGCAGAGGAGCCAGCGAGAGAAAGAGAAGAAACUCUAUUCAAACAUGUUCCGGAAACUGGCUCAAGAGGACGAGAGCGUGGACACUGGCAGUGAGCCUGCAGUCAAGCCUGGAGAAGGAACCUCUGAGGAAGGCACUUCUGUUAAUGGCACUUCUGUUGAAGGAACGGUGGAAGCAUAAACCAUUGACUGACUCUAAAUAUAUUAUAUUUUGUGUGUUUUGUUAUAUAGAACUCUUUUACAAGCUGCUGUUUUGGUGUAUAUAAUUCAUUUCAAUUUCUGCCACUGGCACAGAUUAA